AUGAUGGCAAGUUACAGUGAAACGGACGAUCAAAGUUUCAUCACCUGUGAUGAAAGUUCUUUUUCUAAUUCGAGGUCUGAUUGGUUGGAAGAUUGUAUGAGUUCUACACUCGGAAAUUGUGCUCUGGAUUAUGAGUUUUGGACUAAGGAACCCAACAGUGUCGAUGAAAGACGAGCUAACCUUUUGAGAUGGUUGGGUUUAGGUUCAGAUGGGCAGAACUCUAGGGAAGAUAACGGGCAAAGCUCUUACCACAAAUAUACUAUUACCGACCCUGAGGAGACAGCCAUAGCGAGUCAAAAUUCUCAGCAAUAUAUUUUCUCAAGUUGCUCUUUCCAACCCUUUCAUUCUCACGGCAGCUCAUUUUUACUAGAAGAUGAAGAUCUGAACCCAAAAACAAAGAGUCUUGCAAAUGGAAAGGAAUUUGCCAUGGAUGAACCAUCUAAUGAUGGCUCACCUCCUGCAUCAUGUGAAGUAGGCCUGAAAAAGCUGAUAUCACUAGAUGAAUUCCAGAAAUUACUUUGCUCAUCGUCGUUGGUGCGGCAUUUCUUGAGAGAGGACAUCAUGAGAUUUAACAUUAUGGUGAAGAAAAGCAAUUGGUUCCAGAAAUUUAGUGCCAUUAGCCAUAUCAUGGAUAGGACGAAGAGGUUUCUCUGCAAACCUGCGAGAGAUCAAACGGUGGGUCCUGCUGAAAGGCUACGUGUCAAUGUGUGUCAAAAGCAGUCAAAAGAAUUAUCGUCACUCUACUCAGGGCAAGAGUUUACAGCUCAUACGGGCUCGAUUUUGACUAUGAAAUUUAGUCCCGAUGGUCUCUACCUGGCUAGUGCUGGGGUUGAUGGGGUCGUUCGUGUGUGGAAGGUUCUUGAGGAAGAUGUUCUUACUAAAUUUAAUGCACAAGUUAUUGACCCUUCUUGCUUGAAUUUCUCGCUAAACCAUUUUUCCAAGUUGACUCCUUUGGAUAUUUUGAGAAAGAGAGAUGAUUUUGCGAAAAGCCUGGAAAAACCAUCCGACUCUGCUUGUGUCGUAUUUCCACCAAAAAGCUUCCAGUUGUCUGAGAAACCUGUUCAUGAGUUUCACGGGCACACGGGGGAGGUUUUGGCUCUUUCUUGGCGUAAGGAUGGGCAUUUACUGUCUUCUUCAGUUGAUAAAACAGCUCGCAUGUGGAGAGUAGGGAAUGAUCAGUGCCAGGGAGUUUACUUGCAUAAUAACUACGUAACUUGUGUCGAGUUCAGUCCUGUUGAUGAUAAUCAUUUCAUCAGUGGCUCAAUUGAUGGGAAGGUACGCAUUUGGGAACUUGAGAGCGGUCGAGUGGUUGAUUGGGUUGAUAUUGGAGAAAUGGUAACUGCAAUUGGUUUUUCACCUGAUGGAAAGGGAGGAAUUGUCGGGUCCAUGGAUGGCAACUGCCUUUUCUAUGACAUUAUAGGUAAUCGUUUUCAAGUGGGUGCUUCUAUAUAUCUGAAGGGCAAGAAGAAUAUGCCUGGCAAUAGGAUAAUUGGAUUUCAGUAUUGUCCGAAUGAUGCGAACAAACUAAUGGUCACAUCUGCUGAUUCACGAGUACGGAUACUUUGUGGGACCACUAUUGUUUGCAAUUUCAAAGGUAAUCGAAAUUCAGCAACUCAAGUACCGGCUUCAUUCACAUCAGAUGGCCAACACCUUGUUUCGGCCACCGAGGAUUCUUACGUUCGCAUUUGGAACUACACUACGGAGGAGGAGCAAAAGUCAUCCCAAGAAAAGAAACUAAAGUCAUACGAGAGCUUCUUCUCACGCAAUGCCUCCAUUGCGGUCCCAUGGUACGGUUGGAAAGAGAAGUUAGGUGCACUACCGUCUAGCAUAUUAAGAAACGAGAAAUUCCCCAAUUGUUUCACAUUGGGGCUUGGGUUUGUUAUGGAUACCCUAUACAAAGGGUCCAUGACAUGGCCCGAGGAGAGAUUGCCCCAAUUGAAUACAAAAAAGUUAAAGUUUCUCAAGAGUGCAUUCAGUAAUGCGCCUCAUCUGUGGGGGCUCGUGAUUGUGACUGCAGGAUGGGAUGGGUGCAUUAGGACAUUUCUCAACUAUGGUUUACCGUUACCAUCUUCAAAGAUGAGAUUUUAA